UUUUUGGUGGGUUUUUUUGUUUGUUUGUUUGUUUUUUGGUAGUUUGGAGCUCUUCGCUGAAGUAUCUUUCAUCCCUUUAUUCCUCUCCUCUUCCUAUUGCUGUUCUCCACUCCCUUCCUCUCUCUCAGCGGCAGGGACUUGCCCUCUCCGAGAGUGGGGGUGGGAGGAAGCAGGGGAUGGCAGCAGAGCGGGGAGCGGGAGCCGGAGAACGCCCGGAUCCGGCUUUGUUAUUGGUCGGCUGCUGCCUGGUGGAUCGACGAGGGAGGAGUGAACUCUUCAGUCUGUUCCGACGGAGCUGAAGUACAGAAACCAUAUUUACAGCUAUAAUGCAAGAUUCUGCAAUACGUAAUAAAACAUACCAAUGGAGGAGGUAGACGUGAACGGUUUUGAGGAGAGCACUGUAGUGCUCAUUUUACCACAUUCUACCACUAUACCACAGCCGUUAGCCCUGCUUCACAGGUACAUGUGACAGCAUUGCAGCUAUGAGAGGAAUUUUAAAGGGGAAGUUUGAAGAAAUUGGCAGCUCCUCACCCCGCUCCUCUGUGUGGGAAUCAGAUGAUGAAGUUUUUAGCUGUGACGGUGCUGACAGUGUUGAUAGUGUCAACCCGUCCACUUGUAAUCUUUUCACUGAGGAGAGAGAAAAGUCUUGGAGGAAAAAAUAAGGAGAUAGCAACAGACUGAAAACAUGUUUUCAGAAGCAUAGAGUCUUCAGGAAGAUACUGGAGUUCAUGAGAUCUCAAGGUACAUGUGACAGCGUUGCAGCUAUGAGUGGAAUUUUAAAGAGGAAGUUUGAAGAAGUUGACGGCUCCUCACCCUGCUCCUCCGUGCGGGAAUCAGACGAUGACGUUUCCAGCAGUGAAAGUGCUGACAGUGGGGACAGUGUCAAUCCGUCCACUUCUAAUCAUUUUCCCCCUUCCUCCAUCCUCAAAAGAGAGAAGCGGCUAAGGACUAAGAAUGUGCAUUUUAGUUGUGUCACCGUGUACUACUUCACCAGGAGGCAAGGCUUCACGAGCGUGCCCAGUCAAGGGGGCAGCACCUUGGGCAUGUCCAGCCGUCAUAACAGUGUGCGCCAGUACACUCUUGGUGAAUUUGCAAGAGAACAAGAGAGGCUCCACCGGGAGAUGCUGAGAGAACACCUCAGGGAGGAAAAGCUGAACUCUUUAAAACUAAAGAUGACCAAGAACGGCACAGUGGAAUCUGAAGAAGCGAGCACUCUUACCGUGGAUGACAUUUCGGAUGACGAUAUUGAUUUAGACAACACGGAGGUAGACGAGUACUUCUUUCUACAGCCCCUGCCGACGAAGAAAAGGAGAGCACUGCUGCGGGCCUCGGGGGUGAAAAAGAUUGAUGUGGAAGAAAAGCACGAGCUGCGCGCCAUCCGCCUGUCGAGAGAGGACUGUGGCUGCGACUGCCGAGUGUUCUGUGAUCCAGAAACGUGUACCUGCAGCCUGGCGGGCAUUAAGUGUCAGGUGGACCGAAUGUCUUUCCCUUGCGGCUGCACUAAAGAAGGAUGUAGUAACACAGCAGGUAGAAUUGAAUUUAAUCCGAUCCGUGUCCGGACUCACUUUUUGCACACAAUCAUGAAACUUGAACUGGAGAAAAACCGGGAGCAGCAGAUCCCCACGCUGAACGGCUGCCACGGUGAGAUAAGCGCUCACAGCAGCUCCAUGGGCCCCGUGGCGCACUCCGUGGAAUACUCCAUCGCAGACAAUUUCGAGAUCGAAACGGAGCCCCAGGCGGCGGUGCUGCACCUGCAGUCGGCCGAGGAGUUAGACUGCCAAGGGGAGGAGGAGGAGGAGGAGGAGGAGGACGGCAGCAGCUUCUGCAGCGGGGUCACGGAUUCCAGUACGCAGAGCUUGGCGCCCAGCGAGUCAGACGAGGAGGAGGAGGAGGAAGAGGAGGAGGAGGAAGAGGAGGAGGAGGAGGAGGACGACGAGGACGACGAGAAGGGGGACAGCUUCGUGGAAGGUUUGGGUCCCCAUGCGGAGGUCGUCCCUCUGCCCUCCGUCCUCUGUUAUUCCGACGGCACGGCCGUCCACGAGAGCCACGCGAAGAAUGCUUCUUUUUACGCCAACUCUUCGACUCUGUAUUACCAAAUCGAUAGCCACCUUCCGGGAACGCCUAGCCAGAUCUCCGAGAGCUACUCCGAGAGAGAUCCUGUGAAGAGCGGUACCCUCUCGCUGGUGCCUUACACCAUGACCCCGGAGCAGUUCGUGGACUACGCCCGCCAAGCGGAGGAGGCCUACGGCGCCUCCCACUACCCCGCUGCCAACCCCUCUGUCAUCGUCUGCUGCUCCUCUGCGGAAAACGACGGCGGCGUCCCCUGCAGUAGUUUAUACCCCGAGCACAGGUCCAGCCACCCUCCAGUGGAAUUCCACUCCUACUUGAAAGGCCCCUCCCAGGAAGGGUUUGUCUCCACGUUGAAUGGUGACAGUCGCAUUUCAGAGCACCCUGCGGAAAGUUCUUUGAGUCUGGCAGAAAAGAGCAGAUUGCACGAAGAAUGCAUCAAAUCACCCGUGGUUGAGACCGUCCCCGUGUAGUAGCCUAAAUGCUUCUGGGACCGCCUCUUCUCUCAUGGAAAGCACUGUAUUUCAUCGGAUUUCCUGGGCCCCGUGGUGGUUUAAACUGAGGACCAAGAAAACCCCCGGACUGUGGUGAAUCUUCCUGACUGUAUUUUGUUUUCUCCUUUCUAGCUGCGUGACUGUGGCAUUGCACAAAUACAGUCUCUAUGAGGAUUUUAAAAGAUUUCCGACUGUUUUGAUAGAAAAAUGCUAAUUAAAAAAAAAAAAAAGCCUAUCUCGCAGUUGCCUACCUGUCAAACUGUGUGAAACCUGUCAAGCUGUGUAGAUCAGAGCUCCAAGUUUUGGAUUAUCGGGCCUGUGCAAGAUUGUUAACUAAGACUGGGAAAGAGUAAGAUUUAGAGUCCUAAUUUUCGAUAAAUCUGAAGAUGACGGUG